GCGUGCAGUCGGAAGCGGCUCGUCUGAGAGAACGGGCUCGAAGUCGAACUAGAACCACUACUGCUCGCUGCUAAAUUAUUUGAAAGAUGUACAGGUUCACAAUCACGUGGGGCAGAUGACAAGAACGCCAUAAAAGGGCCAAAGAUCGGAGAUAAAGCAAAGUUUCAUUUCUGAUCAAGAUUUGGAGAGCAGGCGGGUUCUUGAAUCUUUGUGCUGCUUUUCGCCCUAACAUGGCUUUGAAUUCCUUGAUUUCCGGAACGUCCUCUCUGUUGUGGCGAAAUUCCAAGAAUUCCAGUGCGAGUGAUCCCCCGUCAUUUGCUCCUCCUGUUAAAUCAAUCUCCUUUCUCAACCCGAUUCCACUGUUCGCCAAUGUUUCUUUCAGGAAUGUGUCGCCGGUUGUGUCUGCCGUCUCGGGCAAUGCAUCCUCUGCUUCGAGUUCUCCUUCCACGACUUUUACUCAAUCCCAAGAGCUCCAGAUCAAGGUUGUGCCUACACAGCCAAUUGAGGGUCAGAAGACUGGUACAAGCGGGCUUCGAAAGAAGGUGAAAGUGUUCAUGCAAGAAAAUUACCUUGCCAAUUGGAUUCAGGCAUUGUUUAACUCAUUGCCACCCGAGGAUUACAAGAAUGGAGUUUUGGUUUUGGGCGGUGAUGGUAGGUAUUUCAACCAGGAAGCUGCGCAGAUAAUUAUUAAAAUAGCUGCCGGUAAUGGUGUUGGAACAAUAUUGGUUGGCCAGAAUGGCAUAAUGUCCACGCCAGCUGUUUCUGCUGUAAUAAGGAAGACAAAGGCUAAUGGUGGUUUUGUAAUGAGUGCAAGCCACAAUCCUGGAGGACCUGAUUAUGACUGGGGUAUCAAGUUCAACUACAGCAGUGGCCAGCCAGCACCUGAGUCCAUAACCGACAAGAUCUACGGAAACACACUUUCUAUAUCUGAAAUAAAAAUUGGUGACAUUCCUGAUGUUGAUCUCGCUCGUCUUGGUCUAAUAGAAUUUGGAAAGUUCAGUGUAGAGGUAGUCGAUCCAGUGGCUGAUUACAUGGAAUUGAUGGAAAAUGUGUUUGAUUUUUCACUUAUCCGGAGCCUUCUUUUACGUUCUGAUUUCAGAUUUGUAUUUGAUGCCAUGCAUGCUGUGACUGGUGCUUAUGCUAAGCCAAUCUUUGUGGACGCGCUGGGAGCCAGUCCCAAUUCAAUUACUAAUGGAAUACCACUUGAAGAUUUUGGACAUGGUCAUCCCGAUCCUAAUCUCACAUACGCCAAGGAUCUCGUCAACAUAAUGUAUGGAGAGAAUGGGCCUGAUUUUGGAGCUGCAAGUGAUGGUGAUGGAGAUCGAAACAUGAUUCUUGGGAAAAACUUUUUUGUUACACCGUCAGAUUCCGUAGCAAUAAUUGCUGCCAAUGCUGAAGAAACAAUUCCAUACUUCAAGUCUGGCAUAAAGGGUUUGGCUCGAUCCAUGCCAACAAGUGGUGCUCUAGAUCGCGUGGCCGAGAAGUUGAACCUUCCAUUCUAUGAGGUGCCUACUGGUUGGAAGUUUUUCGGGAAUCUAAUGGAUGCUGAAAAAUUGUCUGUUUGUGGGGAAGAAAGCUUUGGAACAGGUUCGGAUCACAUCCGCGAGAAAGAUGGGAUUUGGGCUGUUUUAGCUUGGUUGUCAAUAAUUGCAUUCAAGAACAAGGACAAGAAGCCUGGGGAAACGCUGGUUUCCGUUUCCGACAUUGUCGCAGAUCACUGGGCUACCUAUGGAAGGAAUUUCUUUUCCAGAUACGAUUACGAGGAAUGUGAAGCAGAUGGAGCGAAUAAAAUGGUCGAAUAUCUCAGAGACUUAAUUUCGAAGAGCAAACAAGGCGACUUGUACGGAAGUUACACUCUCCAAUUUGCCGACGACUUCACCUACACCGAUCCUGUCGAUGGAAGCGUGGUUUCCAAGCAAGGUGUCCGGUUUGUGUUCACUGAUGGAUCAAGAAUCAUAUACCGGUUAUCGGGCACGGGUUCUGCUGGCGCAACGGUGCGAGUUUACAUCGAGCAAUUCGAACCCGACUCGUCGAAACACAACGUGGAUGCACAGGCAGCAUUGAAACCAUUGAUAGAUUUGGCACUGGAGAUUUCGAAGCUGAAGGAAUUCACAGGAAGAGAGCAACCAACAGUGAUCACUUAGUUGAAUCAAUUUUGGGCAAUGGCAAUGGCAAUGGCAAUGGCAGGUUAACUAUCUAUCUAUCUUAAUUUCAACAAAUAAAUUUGUUAUUAUUGUCUUUGAUAAGUGUAUAACCAGAAGCCAUUUUGUUGUGCCUUGUUUGAUAAUUUAUGGGGCGUUUUCAACGUA